CCGGGGUAAUUUGCAUCGCCCUCCCCCCAGCCCGGGUGGGGAUUGGCCGCCGGCGGCGGGGGGUGGCGCGGGGCCAGGCUCACUGCCGCCUCCCGGCCCCUCGGAGGGAGCCAGCCCAGCCGCAGCCGCCGCCACCGCCGCCGCCGGGGCCGGGCCCCCUCGCCGCUGCCCCGGGAAGGAGGUCUCGGCGCGGAAGAUGGCCGGCGGUGUGGACGGCCCCAUCGGGAUCCCGUUCCCUGACCACAGCAGCGAUAUCCUGAGCGGGCUGAACGAGCAGCGGACGCAGGGCCUGCUCUGCGACGUGGUGAUCCUGGUGGAGGGCCGCGAGUUCCCCACGCACCGCUCCGUGCUGGCGGCCUGCAGCCAGUACUUCAAGAAGCUCUUCACGUCGGGCGCCGUGGUGGACCAGCAGAACGUAUACGAGAUCGACUUCGUCAGCGCGGAGGCGCUCACGGCGCUCAUGGACUUCGCCUACACGGCCACGCUCACCGUCAGCACAGCCAACGUGGGCGACAUCCUCAGUGCCGCCCGCCUGCUGGAGAUCCCCGCCGUGAGCCACGUGUGCGCCGACCUCCUCGACCGGCAGAUCCUGGCGGCCGACGCGGGCGCCGACGCCGGGCAGCUGGACCUUGUGGAUCAGACCGACCAGCGGAACCUCCUCCGGGCCAAGGAGUACCUCGAGUUCUUCCAGAGCAACCCCAUGAACAGCCUGCCUCCCCCCGCCGCCGCCGCCUUCCCCUGGUCCGCCUUCGGCACGUCCGACGAUGACCUGGACGCCACCAAGGAGGCUGUGGCUGCGGCCGUGGCCGCCGUGGCCGCCGGCGACUGCAACGGCUUGGACUUCUACGGGCCGGGACCGCCGGCCGACCGGCCAUCGGCCGGGGAUGCGGACGAGGGCGACAGCAACCCGGCCCUGUGGCCGGAGCGGGACGAGGACGGCCCUGCUGGGGGCCUCUUCCCGGCGCCCGUGGCCCCGCCGGCCGCUGCCACGCAGAACGGCCACUACGGCCGGGGCGGGGAGGAGGAAGCGGCCUCGCUGUCGGAGGCGGCCCCCGAGCCCGGCGACUCUCCGGGCUUCCUGUCGGGUGCGGCCGAGGACGGGGACGGGGACGGGCCCGACGCGGACGGGCUGGCGGCCAGCACGCUGCUGCAGCAGAUGAUGUCAUCGGUGGGCCGGGCGGGGGCGGCGGCCGGAGGGGACAGCGACGACGAGUCGCGGGCGGACGACAAGGGCGUCGUGGACUACUACCUGAAGUACUUCAGUGGCGCCCACGACGGGGAUGUUUACCCAGCCUGGUCGCAGAAGGUGGAGAAGAAAAUCCGGGCCAAGGCCUUCCAGAAGUGUCCCAUCUGUGAGAAGGUCAUCCAGGGCGCCGGCAAGCUGCCGCGGCACAUCCGGACCCACACUGGAGAGAAGCCCUAUGAGUGUAACAUCUGCAAAGUCCGCUUCACCAGGCAGGACAAGCUCAAGGUGCACAUGAGGAAGCACACGGGCGAGAAGCCGUACCUGUGUCAGCAGUGCGGGGCGGCCUUCGCACACAACUACGACCUGAAGAACCACAUGCGCGUGCACACCGGCCUGCGCCCUUACCAGUGUGACAGCUGCUGCAAGACCUUCGUGCGCUCCGACCACCUGCACAGACACCUCAAGAAGGACGGCUGCAACGGCGUCCCCUCGCGCCGCGGCCGCAAGCCCCGCGUGCGGGGCGGGGCGCUCGGGGGGCCCGACCCCUCCCCGGGGGCCGCCGCCCCCCCCGGCGCCGCGGCCCCGGCCGGCUCCCCCGACGGCCGCCGCAACGGCCAGGAGAAGCACUUUAAGGACGAGGACGAGGACGAGGAGGAGGCGGGCGCCGACGGCCUGAGCAGGUUGAAUGUAGCGGGUGCCGGCGGAGGGGGAGGCGCCGGGGGCGCCGGGGCCACCGCCGACGGCAGCUUCGCGGCCGGACUUGCCUGAAAACCAAAAAGAGAAAACAGAAACCCGAGAGAGAGAGAGACAGAGAGAGAGAGAGAGAGAGAGAGAGAAU